CACUCCCACCUUCCAUUAUCAACUCCUCUCUUGCUCUCGGAAGCUCACUCCCUUCCUCUCUGUGCUUUGUCUGUGUUUCUCUUUGUGCAUAAGAGAGAAAAAGAUGUUGCUGGGGAAGCGUCCACGCCCUCCAAUAAGAAGAACAUCAAGCAUGACCGGGAUCAACGUGGAUCCUAGCGUCUUUGAAGCUCCGGAUUCUGAUCUUCAAAACCCCGUAAAUGAUCCUCAUGCAACAGCGAUUGGAGAAGCGCCGGCGGUGGCUCAGACCAUGAACUUCGUUCCGAAUGGAGGAUACGUCGACCAACGUUUCUUGGCGACGGUGAACUCUCCCAGAUCAACCCAGCUUGGAAGCAACUCUGGUACUGCUGAUCAUUUCAUGGAGACUGCCCACUUUCUGCAUACGUGUGGCCUCUGUAAAAAACGCCUCGCACCUGGCCGAGACAUCUACAUGUAUAGGGGGGAUACAGCGUUUUGUAGUUUAGAGUGCAGGGAGCAACAGAUGAAGCAAGAUGAGAGGAAAGAGAACUGAAACGUGGCUUGGCAUCAAGGAAAAAAAGCCGCCACGCAUCGCCAUCCACGGCAUCAUCCACUGAGGCGUCGAGUAAAAGUGAGACUGUGGCUGCUGCUGCUGCUUAAAAACAAAACAAAAAACAAAAAAAAAGGAUUGGAGAAACUGUGUGAGCUAUAAAGUUAUGCACAGUGAGACAAUAUUAUGCAAUUAGUUAACGUCUCUCUCUCUCUCUCUCUCUCUCUCUCUCUCUCUCUCUCCCCAUUUUCCCUUUAAUUAAUCAUCAAAGCACGCGGUACACGUUAAUAAUGCAGAGGUAGAUCUGUGUAAAAAUGUAUAAAAGGCUUAAGUAUGUAUUGUGUGGAUGGCAAUGGAAAUGAGCGAAGCUCUGACUCUGGUCCUUUCAGAUC